GAAAGGUUUCUGGAAAUUAUUAUUGGGGUUAAGUCAGAGAAGGGGUGAGUGGGGCUGACCCCUUACCAUUAUUAUUGGAUUUUUUAUUUUAAUUCUUAAAUUAUUGGUUUCUAAUUGAAAACUCUAUAAAAACACUAUAAAAUAAGACCCUAUAAAAGCCCUAUUCACUAAAAAAUUAAAGGGUCAAAAUCCUUUAGUAUUAGGCCCGACCCUUUUGCCAUUGGAUAGCCCUACCCAAUAACCAGGCCUAGUCACUAAUUGAAGGCAAAACAGCCCACAUUCCAAGAAAAGCGGAACGUUUCCCUGUCAUCAGAAAAUUAAUACUCUGCAUCAUCAAUCGUGUCACAACCCACAAUCUCAACUACAGUGACUCAACUUCACACUUCACUAAACACUGCCAUUCAAACGGUCGACUCCUCCACAUUUUUCAAAUUCACAAAUUCUCUCUCAUUUCAAUAUAUAUACACACACCCUUCUAUUUCUCCAUUUUCUCUCUUCUCUCUUACAAUUCUAAAAAAAAACAAACAUUGUAAGGAAAAAAAUGGGGAUUGGAAAAACGUCAUAUGAAGAGCGUCGCCAAAAGAGGGUGGAAGAGAACAAGAAACGCUUGGAAGAUCUCAACCUCAUUCAUCUUUCUCAAGCUCUGAAAACUCUUUCCCCCAAAUCGUCUCCGAUGAAGAAGGUUGGUAAGCCUCGUAUAUUUGAUAAACAAACAGUUGAAGUGAGACGAUCUGCUCGAGUUGCAAGUAAUCCUGCCCCUGUUUAUGCUGAAAUUUCAUUACCUAGAUUUUCUUCACCUAGAAAGAGUUAUGGAGUAGUGAAAGCAAGGGAUUUUACGAAUCGAGUAAUAGCUAGUGAUGAUGUGAGAGAAUAUGCAAUUGAAGAAGCAGAGAAGCUGAAUGCUAAGCUUGAAGAAGAGGGGUUUCCUACUCUUGUUAGACCCAUGCUUCCUUCUCAUGUCACUGGUGGUUUUUGGCUGGGUCUCCCUACUGAUUUUUGCCGGAGGAACCUACCUACAAAUGAUGGAAUGGUGACAUUGGUAGAUGAAGAAAAUGAAGAGUAUCCAGUUGUUUAUUUGGCUCGAAAGCGUGGUCUUAGUGGAGGCUGGAAAGGUUUUGCUGAGUCUCAUGAACUUGUUGAUGGGGAUGCUGUUAUUUUUCAAGUGAUCAGUAGCUCAGUUUUAAAGGUUUAUAUUAUAAGGGGAAGUGGGCAAGAUUCUGGUACAGAUUAAGAAGCUCUUGCAAUUCUUAGGAAAUCAUGCUCUAAAAUAUAAAUUUAGGUAGGGUGUUUACAUCAUCAGUUAGAAUCGAGUAGAUUGAGUAGGAAAAUUAUGCUGCUAUUUAUGGAAAUGUCUUCAAUUCAACUUUUUGGUAUAAGAUGAUCAUGAAUGGAUUUUUGUAUAGCCUUUGUUUCGUCAAGUGAAAAACUCUCCAAAAAUUUUCCAUUAUGGAAUAUAUUUUUAUUUUAGAUCGGAAAGGUACAUGAUCUAAAUUUUUUAAUGAAAUAUAUAUGUAUGCAAUAGAUGUUCAAUUAUGGUAACACAAUAGAUGUGAAUUAAUCGAGAUUGUUGUCUAUCUACAGAUUAUUAUUGUUGUCACUUCAACGAAUUUAAAAUUAGAUGAUAGAUUUGGUAAUUUUGUUGUAAAUCAAAUCACUAUUUCAUGAAAAUCAGGUGGAGUCAGGGAGCUCGAGAUGUAAAAUCAACUAUGGAGUUUUUUUUUUGUAAUUUUGAUUCCCAAUUUAAUUCUUAAUUACUAUGAAAAUUUUAUUUGUAGGGAC